AUAUUAAAUCAGGUGUUUUGUUGUUUUAGAAAAGUGGAAUAUUUUGGAAGACUUUUUAUAAUUUCAGAGUGGAUAUGCUGACCUUCGUCUUUGUGUGCCUCUCAGUCACAGGCCUACAUGCUGAUUUUACGGUUACUGUUGCUUAUCCCUCAGUAAAAGUGAAGGAGAAUGAGGGAGCUGACUUGAAAUGUUCCUACACCGCUGACUUUGGAGCAACACCCAGAAUAGAAUGGAAGUUCAAGGAUCUCAAGGGCUCUCAGUCAUACAUUUACUUUAAUAACAAGCCAACUGCUCAGUAUGCAAACCGUAUCACUCAGUAUACUGGAGGACUGAGAUUUAACAAGGUGACGCGAGCAGACACUGGAGACUAUGACUGUGAGGUGUCUGGAAAUGGUGGAUAUGGAGAGAAGACAGUCAAACUCACUGUCCUUGUGCCUCCUUCCAAGCCCGUAUCUAGAAUUCCUUCAUCAGUCACAACAGGCAGUAACGCACUUCUUACCUGCUUCGACAAUGAUGGCUCCCCCCCACCCACCUAUAAGUGGUACAAAGACAACACUCCCCUCCCUGACGAUCCCAGCAAGUUCCCCUCUUUUAAAAACAUCACCUACAAGAUGAAUGCUUUCAAUGGUAACCUGGAGUUCCCGAGUGUGUCUAAGCUGGAUAUCGGUUCAUAUUUCUGUGAGGCCUCUAAUGGAGAAGGUGCCCCUCAGCGUGGUAAUGCAGUGCAGAUGGAUGUCCUUGAUGUAGACAGCAGCCAAGUGCCAGCAGAGAGGGACACCUUGAGCACAGAGACAAACAUUGUGCCAAGCAAGAGCACCAUGAACCACAUCCUGGAAAAAAUGUAUGGCGUAUUCACGUUGCAAGAGGUUAAACUAAAACUAGAGAUACAAAAACUGGAAUUAGAAAUAACCAAGUUAAAACUAGAGCUGCAAAAACAUAGACAUGAAGUGUAGAUUCCAUUCAACACG